CUGUGAUGAUGACAGGUUCUUCCAGAGGGUGUGUGAAUCCGUCCCUGUGAGGUCCAGAGAGGAGGACCAGCAGUUGGCCUCUCUCCUCCAGGCCUUGGGCUCCACCCUGUCACUGGGAGGAGAGUUACCCAGGAAAACCUGCAGGUCUGUGGGGAGAGUCCUGGGUCUCUGUGCCUCCAGAGUGGACCUCACUCUUACCCCCCAGCAAGAUCUCUCUCCAAGGAGCCUUACUUAUUGUGAGACAUGAGUCAAAGCUACACAAGCUCAGGCUGAAUGUGGGCAUGGCAGUGAAACUGUCCAGACUGGUUAGGAGGACAGGGAGAGGUGCUACUCCACUGACUGUCCCAGAGCUCUCCCUGGUCCAAAAGAGCAACCAGCCACCAGAGAGAGUGUUAUCCAGGGCUCUGAGUAGUGUGGCAUCCCUGCUGAGACUCUGGAGGGUUCAGUGUCUGGACCUGACUGACUUCUGGAUCCAGGGUCACUCUCUCAUCACACUGCUGUGUCACCAGGGACCUCUCUCUCUCAGACUGAACUCAGACACUCUGCAGCAGCUGACUGUAGUUGUGUAUGAAGCUCAGGACAAGGACUUGACUCAGUGGUUCCUGGAGAAGGUUGGUGGAGACCUGACCUCCUGCAGGCUGGACCUGGAAGUGCUUCUCUCUCUGCUGCAGCAUUCAACCCACAACAUCACUGUGGACCUCAGGAAGAACAGGCUCCUAGAGAAGAACAUCUCAGAUCUUCUCCCCUUUCUGGGAAGGGUUAUAUUCAAGAGGUCCAGUUCCAGCUUUGUAAAGUCCACCAUCAGACAGAUCUAUGACAGCAGAGCCAGUGACUGUGUGUCCAGUUUGUUGAGGUCUUCAGACCAUUGGAUCAACCUGAACAGCAGAGAGCUGGACAGAGUGGAUUGUACUGCUCUGGGUUUUACCCUGCAACACUGCCACCAAGUCAAAGUCAACCUGCUGUGGACCUCCAUACCACCGGGGGAGAUAGAGAGCAUCCUGCCUCUUCUGGACAGAGUCUCCCAACUCAGUGUUGACAGGAGGUUACUGCUGAGUUUCCUCCAGUGCUGUGCUGCCUCUCCGAUCCAGCAGGGGGCACCACCACCACCACCACCAACAGCAGUAUGGCUGCUCAGGUCUCUGCACUACAGGCUGGACUUCUCCUGCUCCUCCUCUGUGGACCUGUCAGCUCAGGACCAGGAGGAGGCUCUGUGUCUGACCACUGACCACUGCAGGGCCAUCACCUCUGUUCUGAAGCAGAACCAACACAGCACCCAGCUGGUCCAGAACCAGGUGCAGAUCAUCCUAAGAGACUGUGAGGUGGAGGACAGAGCACUGAGGGAGCUGCUUCCCAUCCUGCAUAUUGUCAAGCUGAGCCCCAGCAAAGCUCUGCUACGUCAGCUGCUGGACCUUGUGUGUGAGGGGAUUGAAGAGGGGGUGCUGAGGCACGCAGAGUCCCUGUGCAGAGCCCUGGAUGGAGAGCUGGACCUCAGUGAGACCAGGCUGGACCAGAAGGCCUGUGGAUAUCUGGCCCUGGUUCUGGAACACUCAGAGGGGCUGUCAGAACUGGACCUCAGCCACUGUCAACUCACAGACCACCACCUACAGGCCCUGAUCACACACCUGCACAAAGUACAAGACCUGGACCUGAGUCACAAUGACAUCACUGAUGCUCUGACUGACAAAAUACUCCAACUGGUCUCCACCAACACUUCAAUACACACCGUACGACUCUUCAACAACAGAAUCCAGGACAGAAGACCCUUCCUGACAGACAAGAGGUUUGAGAUCUGGUGAAGAUAAUGUUGUAUAAUGACAGUAUAAUGUGGUCAAUGUAGAAGGCUGGUUUGAGAUCUGGUGAAGAUAAUGUUGUAUAAUGACAGUAUAAUGUGGUCAAUGUAGAAGGCUGGUUUGAGAUCUGGUGAAGAUAAUGUUGUAUAAUGACAGUAUAAUGUGGUCAAUGUAUAUAGAAGGCUGGUUCAAAAUCACACUGAUUGAUCUGAGUCCAGAAAAAUAGUCUUAGGGACAGGAAUGUAUCAUCUGGUGGACAGACGUCUUACAUGUGUUGUCACUCAGGUCCUUAAAAACACAGGAACAUGUGUAUUAUAUCUGUAGGAUAGGAAUAUGUAGUUUUAUUUACCACUAACAGUUGAUACGUCUGUACUGUCAUUAAGAUCCUUAAAAACACAGGAACAUGUGUAGUAUAACUGUAGGAUAGGAAUAUGUAGUUUUAUUUACCACUAACAGUUGAUACGUCUGUACUGUCAUUAAGAUCCUUAAAAACACGGGAACAUGUGUAGUAUAACAGUUUUUUUAUGUAUUGAACUACCUUUACUUUGUUGAAGCACCUUCAAUGUUGAGUCUCAUAGCAAA